AUGAUUACCGCAGAGAAAAAGAAAGGGAGGGAGUAUGAGCGACUCGUUUCUGAUGAAGCCGAAGAUAUAUACCCAGAGCUUAUCCAGGGUCAGAGACGCUGGGGAGCAAGACGAGUGAUGGAGAUCGCUGUCUACACGGCCGUGAUAUCCGUCAUUGCGCUCACCCUGGGCUUGUUCAUUGGGAUCAGCUGGCCGUCCUCUCGGCACAUCGGCCUGGACGGAUAUCUAGGUGAGGAAUACACCUAUCUCUCAGUCGAAUACUGGUCUGGUUGCCGUGCUGAUAUUCGUCUAUUACUGGCAGUCCCCUCAGGCACAGUUCAGGGGCCAUGGCAUCGCAACCACACAUUCACGCAGAUCCCCACCAAGGAGUCAGAGGAAGCAUGGAACAGCCUGAUGCCGAACCCCCAGCACACGAUAUGGAUGGCCUACCAUAUCCUCCUUGACCGGAACCAGGCUGCCAAAGAAGGCCGUCCUCCGGACCACUUUCUCGGCCAGACAACGCUGGUGAGUCCCAGCCAUAUGGGCCACUGUGCCGACUACCUGCGGCAGGCCAUCAUGUGUGCGGCAGACACCAACCUCGAAGCAAUCGACAAGAAUGGGAAUUCGGACGGUUGGAACAUGAUACGGACCUGUCGUGACUUUGACGGCGUGCAUUCCUGGUCUAGCAGCUGGGCAAAUACAACAGAGCGCGGUGUGAUCGACUAG